ACGGGAGGUUCGCGGCCGGUCCGACGCUACCCUGCAGUCGAGUCCCCCCCCCCGCGCCUGAGCACGUUCUGUGGCAGCCCAGCUCCGCAAGCGAUCACGCUCGCUCGGCCGAAGGUCCCUGCCGCACGGUUUCUCUACCGCGAACAUCCCGCCGUCCGACGCCGCGUUUUGCCGGCUACAACUGGGCGUCCCACUCACCUGAAGGUCUCAUCCAAGGUCAGCUACCGCCGCUGCCGCCGCCGCCGCCCGCUCGCCAGUUGGUGCGGACAGGUGCGUCGCGAGGGUUGACUGUGCGCUGCCGACAUGGACGCCGACCCGGACGCCAUGGCGGAUGCCUCCAGCAUCGGCAGCUUGCACUGGGGCGACGUGGUCGUCGUGGUCAUCUACUUCAUCAUCGUUCUGGCCGUUGGCCUGCUGAGCUCCCGGUUCAGCAAAAAGGACAACCUGAGUGGAUAUUUCCUGGCGUCUCGCAGUAUGCACUGGAUACCGGUGGGGGCCUCCCUGUUCGCCAGCAACAUCGGCAGCGGCCACUUCAUCGGGCUGGCCGGCACCGGUGCCGCCUCCGGCAUCGCCGUGGCGGGCUUCGAGCUGAACGCGGUGUUCAUUCUAAUGUUCCUCGGUUGGGUGUUCGUGCCAGUGUACACCGCAGCGGGCGUGUACACUAUGCCCGAGUACCUCCGGCUGCGGUUCGGCGGUCAACGGAUCCGAGUGUACCUCUCCGUACUCGCCAUCCUGCUGUACAUCUUCACCAAAGUGUCG